AGUCAGCGCCUUUAAAUCCAAGGCUGCCGUAGGUACUUUCCUUGCCAUUGUCAUAUAAACAAACAAUUAGUGCCAAAAAUAUAAGCAAUUUAUUUCUUUUAAAAUACAAAGUGUUUGAUAGUGUCCCUUAAGAAGCCUGAUCCGCGGCCAAAUCCUUGAAUAUUUUGUCGAGACACUGAGACGAUCUGUUUUCUGUUGAAAACUUUGUUUGACGACAUUUGCCACGGCAAAAUAAAUUUGCUGUGGAUCAGCUUGGAUCAGGAUCUUAGACAUUAGAUCUCCACGUCUUAAGUUGUACGAACCUUUUUGAACAAUUGGCAAUCGCUAGCAGUUAGAAGAGAAAAUGUACGUAUUUUCCUGAAGCAUUCACCAUUGUCAAGAAAAUAAUUUCAGCCUGAUGGUUCAGCCAGACUGGCCUGCAUUUUAAAAAAUGUUUCGGUAGAACCAACACUGUGGGUUUUAUUCCAGACUCACUAUGAAGUUAUAAAUUAAAAUUGCAUGUUGCGCCCAUUGGCAUUCCGUAUAGUCGACCAUUCGAAACAUUCAUACCGCACUCUGAAAGAUUCUUAAACAUGAGCGGUAUUGCCCCGACCCUGGGCGACUCAAUAACAACUUUAUCGGAAGCGCUCACUUUGGAAAUCGGCCCCUUCGAAGCUGUUCAUCGAUGGAUUUCGUUGCCCGAGUGUGAUGAGUUUGUAGGGGCCAGACGCAGCAAGCACACCAUGGUAGCGUAUAAUGACUCGAUAUAUGUAUUUGGAGGCGACAAUGGAAAAAGCAUGCUCAACGACCUGAUCCGGUCCGAUGUUAAGGAGAAGAGUUGGGGUCGGGCUUUUGCCACUGGUACUCCUCCAGCUCCCAGAUAUCACCAUUCAGCAGUGGUUUACAACGACUCGAUGUUCCUAUUUGGCGGCUAUACCGGGGACAUUCACUCAAAUUCGAAUCUCACCAACAAAAACGAUCUUUUUGAGUACAAAUUUAAAACUGGCCAGUGGUCCGAAUGGAAGUUUGUGGGGAAAAUGCCAGUGCCACGAUCCGCUCAUGGAGCAGCCGUGUACAAUGAUAAGUUGUGGAUUUUCGCUGGCUACGAUGGAAACGCCCGGCUCAACGACAUGUGGACAAUCAACUUGGGGUUUGGCGAAAAAGUCUGGGAUGAAGUUCAGCAGAAGGGCGAGUGUCCGCCCACUUGUUGCAACUUUCCCGUAGCUGUUGCCCGGGAGUCCAUGUUCGUCUUCAGUGGACAAAGUGGGGCAAAAAUGACGAACUCUCUGUUUCAGUUCAGUUUCAGGGACAAAACUUGGACGAGAAUUUCAACUGAAAACAUUUUGCGAGGCGCGCCGCCGCCUCCAGCAAGAAGAUAUGGGCAUACCAUGGUAGCUUAUGAUCGGCACUUGUAUGUUUUUGGCGGUGCCGCCGAUGCCACUUUGUCCAACGAUUUGCACUGUUUCGACUUGGAUACGCAGUCUUGGAGCGUGGUUCAACCAGAUCCGGAGUCAGAUGCACCCUCAGGGAGAUUGUUCCAUGCAGCUGCAGUGGUCAAUGAUGCCAUGUUCAUAUUUGGAGGAACUGUCGAUAAUAAUGUUCGCAGUCGGGAUAUGUUUCGCUUUCAGUUUACAAGUUAUCCUAAAUGUACACUCCACGAGGAUUACGGAAGUUUGCUGACCAAAGAAGAGUGCCAGCGUUACUGCGACAUUCGUUUCCUUGUGGGUGAAGACGAGGAGAAAAUAUUGGCGCACGUCCCCAUAGUGGCGGCCAGAUCUUCGUAUUUGCGAGAGAAAAUCCGACUGGCAAAAAUCGCAAUGGAGAAGCAUGUGGAGAAGCUCUUUACGGACAACAAUAAAGUCAACGAUAUACACGCGACUGAUUUUUUGGAAGUGAAGCUGCCUGGUGCGAACUGCGACGCCUUCAGGAUGGUGCUGGAUUACAUUUACACCGACAGCAUCGAUCCAUCCAAAUAUGUAAAUAAAGCUGAACCGGACCAGGAAAAAAAUACCCUUCUUAGGAUUAUGGACGUUUAUCAGCUGGCGGAGGAAUUUCAAAUGUCCCGACUGGAGCAUCUUUGCGUUCAGUUUAUAAACACAACGAUCUGUUUGAACAACAUCGUCGAAGCUUUAAAGAACGCCGACAAGCUGAAGCUGGAUUUUAUUAAGGAGCAAUGUUUGAGAUUUAUAGUGAAAGAUACGAACUUCAAUCACAUAAUCAGAAGCGCGGAGUUUGAAACUUUGGAAAGCCGAUUGAUUGUACAGAUUCUUUUUCGAAAGCAAAUGCCGCCAUCAAAGACUGCAAAUGAAACCAUGUUCGACUUAUCAAAGAAUUCACUGGAAUACGACAUGCAGAAUUUUCUGCAUAACACUGGAAAACAAUUCUGCGACGUUGAUCUCAUAUUGGAAGAUCAUGUCAUCCCAUCCCAUAAGGCCAUUCUGGUCGCUAGAUCUGGAUAUUUUGAGGCCCGGUUUCGAUCCUGUAUGCCCAAUGAAACAGAUAAAAGGGUCAACAUAAAAAUUGGAGAAAUUACGCCGUCUAAGAAGUCCUUUGACACGCUUUUGCGAUACAUCUACUACGGGGACACGAAAAUGCCCCCCGAGGAUUCAUUGUACCUUUUCGCAUCUGCUUCAUUUUUCAAUUUUUCGAAUAUUCGCUUGCAAGCGAUCUGCAAACAGAAUCUAGAGCGGAACGUCACGCAUGAAACAGUUAUUGAUGUGCUCGAGGCGGCGGAUCGAAUCCAAGCAAUUGAUAUGAAGAAAUACGCUUUAGAGUUGAUUGUCUUGAACUUUAAAAAGGUCGUGAAGCAGCCCAGAUUGAAAAUGCUGGACAAGGCGCUGAUAUUGGACAUCUUGGACACGUUGGGUGAUUUCAUGAGUAAAAAGGAGCUAUCUGACCCAUGACAAACCAGGAAUAGCUUCAGCGGUGAUAUGUGGCGGCGGAAUGACAAGAAAAGAUUGGCUAAUGAAGCCAUGUGGGUCUUUAGCCGGAGAUUUAUCUACAUCAAGGGCAUUAGGAUUAAACCGGAGUACUUGCCGAGCAUGCCGUACGUGCAGAACACCAAAGGUAAUUUAUUAUGCUUCUUUAAAACAUAAUUGCAUUUCGAGCAGUUUACUUAAACGGGCUGCUUGUGGAGUCGAUAAAACGGCAACUCGAUUAAUAAAUUUAUCGCCACUUGAAAAGUGGAAACGUUCUCAAAAUGCAGUAGAGUGUGCCUAGUAGGCACGAUAUUUAAAAAUGUUCAUCACUACUAGAAUGUAUUUUAAAGCACUAAAUGUCGGUUUAAGUCCACACCUUCAUACAUGUGUCAAAUGUAUGCCCUAAUGAUAAGAACCGCUAGUUAAAUUUAAACUAUAUCAUAAGUAAAAGGGCCUUUUGGAAACUGGGGAAUCGUGCAAUAUAAGAUAAUCGAGUUAAUGAAGUAACAGACGACGAUCAAAUGACUUUUUUUCUGAUGAUAUUAUACUGAUCAUUUGCAUUUUACGCUAUUUGUGAUGAUGGGCAAUUCGUUCAUUCAGUGCUAAUUCUUUGUGAUAAUUACAUAUUUUAUGUAGCUGCAAUUCGGGCAUUAACUCUACUUUAAUAACUUUUGAAAAUCUGUCUUAUAGAUCACUUAAUACUGUUAUGAAUGUUUAAAAAUCUCUAUUAGUGUUAAGGCUGUUUGUUGUCUGAAUUUUAAUCACUAUAUUACAUCGUAGUAUGAUACAUAAAUAAAUAUAUUAAUUGGAGCAUAUUAAACCACAAAUUAGUAUAUAGUCUCAAUAUCCAGACUAGCCCUAAACGUUUUUUUAACCAGAAUAUCGUCUAGGCCUGGGUAGCACUGUGUUGAGUUGCACUUUUGGGUUGUUGCCGCUCUGAGUUUAUGAGUAACGUUUGCAAUCACUCCUAAAAGUUUACCAGAAAAAAAUUCCACAAAAUUAUACAAUUUUUGGGCAAAGGCUUAACAUCGUUUUUUAAUUGUAUGAAAGUGAAAAAUGGAAAUUCGGAACAAUGAUUCAUUCAUUAAAUGUUUUAAUGUAAAUUAGUUAAUUUAAAUUAAUCUAUUAAUUAAAUGAUUAACACAAAAUUGCGUUUUACUGCAAAGCAUAAGUUGAAGAUUGUUCUCAACACAGAAAUCUUGAUUUUGGAUAAAUAACAUAAUUUAAUUACAAUAAUAAAUAACAAUAAUUGGAAUUAAAUCGUUUGGAAGAUUGAUAUUUGCUCUUGGAAUUUGUGAUUUAAUCUUCGAUUUAAUAUAUCCGAAUGCUAUUCAAAAUCAGCCCGGUAGUAUCAUAAUAAUGAUUUUUCCAUGUGUAUAAAAAAUUAUACCAUUUAAACUAAAUUUAUAUAACCUGAUCUUCUAGAAGGAAAUGUAUAAAUGUAAUAAAUAAUAUAAAUAUUAAA